AUGGCCAAGAAUAACCUCACCACAGUAACCAGGUUUGUUCUCAUGGGCUUUAAUGACCUUCCCAAGUGGCAGGUUCCCCUUUUUCUGUUGUUUCUCAGUUUCUAUAUGGUCACCAUUUUGGGAAACUUGGGUAUGAUUAUUCUCAUACAGGCAGAUGUCCAACUCCAUACCCCAAUGUAUUUCUUCCUGAGCCAUCUUUCUGUGUUAGAUGCCUGCUAUACCUCAGUCAUCACCCCUCAGAUCCUGGCCACACUGGCCAAAGACAAAAUGAUCAUCUCCUAUGGUCAAUGUGCUGCCCAGUUCUUCUUCUUCACCAUCUGUGCAGCUACAGAAUGCUUCCUGCUAUCUGUGAUGGCCUAUGACCGUUAUGUUGCUAUUAGUAACCCACUGCUCUACACUGUGGCCAUGAGCCCUAGAAGAUGCUGGAGUUUGGUGGCUGGAGCCUAUGGUGGUGGGUUGUUUGGGGCCAUCUUAAGAACCACAUGUACCUUUUCUCUUUUUUUCUGUGAAAAUAAUCACAUCAAUUUCUUCUUUUGUGACCUUCCACCUCUGCUGAAGCUG